GGCCGGGGGCGGAGCUUCCGCGCGAGGUGGAAGUCUUCUCUCGGCGUUGCCGGGGCAGCGACAGAGGCCGGAACUGCUGCCUGCGUUGUCCCAUGGCCAGGGGCAGCAUCCAGGUGACAGAGCAAAUCGGACAAGGCAGCCUGACACCUGGGCCUAGGCAGGGCCUGGCUGCCCCUCCCCUGCUCUCUCCAUGGCCAGUGACCCAGUGCCAGCCCUGCUCUGGGCCCAGGAGGUGGGCCACAUGGUGGUGGGCCGCACCCGGAAGCUGCUGCUGCAGUUUGGAAUUUUAUUCUGCACCAUCCUCCUCCUCCUCUGGACAUCUGUCUUCCUGUAUGGCUCCUUCUACUAUUCCUACAUGCCCACAGUCAGCUACCUCAGCCCAGUCCACAUUUCUUACAGGACAGACUGUGGUUCUGCUGGGCCUGUUCUCUGCUCCUUUCCUGUUGCCAACGUCUCCUUGGUUAAAGGUGGACGUGAUCGGGUGUUGAUGUAUGGACAGCCAUACCGAAUUUCCCUGGAGCUGGAGAUGCCCGAGUCCCCAGUGAACCAGGAGCUGGGCAUGUUCAUGGUCACCAUUGCUUGCUACACCCGAGGCGGACGAGUCAUUUCCUCUUCCGCCCGUUCCGCCAUGCUGCAUUACCGUUCGACGCUGCUGCAACUGCUGGACACCCUUGUCUUCUCGGGCCUCUUCUUAUGUGGCUUUGCAGAGCAAAAGCAGCUCCUGGAGGUGGAAUUGUAUGCAGACUACAGGGAAGACUCGUACAUGCCAACCACAGGUGCAGUGAUUGAGAUCCACAGCAACCGCAUUCAGCUGUAUGGGGCCCAGCUCCGGAUCCACGCCCACUUUACGGGGCUCAGGUAUCUGCUCUACAAUUUCCCCAUCACCUCGGCUGUCAUUGGCAUCGCCAGCAACUUGACCUUCCUCAGCGUCAUUGUGCUCUUCAGCUACUUGCAGUGGGUGUGGGGCAGCAUCUGGCCCAGGCACCGCCUCACCUUGCAGGUGACGAGCCGAGAUAAGAAUGGCUCCCAUGCAGAAGGCCAGAGAAGGGUCCCCGCCAGACGGCCAGGGCUGGGGCCAAGAGGCCGAGCCGAGCUAACCAGGCUCCCAGAGAAAUCGCAGGAUGACGGGGACCCCGAAGUUGUCCUGGGUCCAGAGAGUCAGCUGCCAGAGGAGAAAGGGCCCGAAGUGCAGCCUCUUAACGAAGAGGGGCCAGAUCAGGAGACCAGUGAUGGUUCUGGCUCCUGGGAGGACGCAGCCCUGCUGACUGAGGCCAACCUGCCCUCCCCCUGCCCAGAAACCCUGGGCAGCGCAGACCCUCCGGGCAGCAUGGAGAGCCCUGCGGGCACCCCCCGCCUCCGCUCAGCCUGCUCCAGCUCUUGAGGGGGGUGCUGUGGUCCUCAUAUGUCCAGCACUUUCCUUUGCCCUCCAUCCUUUCCUCUUUUCUCCACAAUAAACUUUUUUCACACCA